AAGACUUGCUAAGAUGGUCAGGAUUUGUGGAAGAGACAUGUACACUGAGGAAUAGGAUCUGGCACGCGUUAUCAGUUGGAGUUUUCAGAGCUUCAACAUCUACUUUGCCUCAAAUAGAAAUGGCCGAUUCAAUUUCUCAAGAUACAGACA